UUGGGAAAAAUAUCUAAUCCCAUUUCUCAUACCCAACCAACCAAAAUAUCCCAAUCCUCCCCUUCCUACUUCCGCCCCUCCGUCGCCGCCUCCGACUCCCACCACCAUCGCCCCCCGUCGCCUCUCUCUGCCACGCCCAACCUCAACACCUGCUUCUACCACACCGACCUCGGCGUCUUCUCUCUCACCUGGUCUCGCACCUUCCUCUCCCACUCCCUCGACCUCCUCCCCACCGGCCACCCCCACCAUGACGGCGGUGCGUGCUCACCACUCUCCCUCACCCACUCCACCGCCCCCCCCCCCCCCACGUGCUCCGCCGUCUCCUUCCACCUCCAGAUCAAGCCCUUCUUCUUCUUCUGGAAGAAGCACGGCUCUAAGACGCUCCCCGAGUUCCAGAUCUUCUGGAACCUCUCCCGGGCCAAGUUCGGAUCCGAGUAG